UAUAAUUUGUAGAAAUAAAUUUAAGAAAAUGAGUGACAAUGUUAAAAAAAAUAAAAAAUAAAAAUUUUAGGUGUUUUAUUUAAAAAUCCUUAAAAGAAAAUUUGAUCCUUCACUCACUCUCCCCUGACCGGCGUCGCCACCGCCACCGCCACCGCCACGGCGAGUCCCAACCUUGUUUCUCGUGGUUCCUCCUCCAAUCACUUCUCCGCUGAAUUAUUAGUAUCAUCCUGCAAUGGAAGUUUGCUAGAAGGAAUUAAGCAAACUCACAUCGAAAUCAGUACUCUUGUCGAAAAAGAUAGUCUAUUUGUUUCUGGAGGGUUUCAAGGAGAACUUAUUUGCAAGAUUGUUGGAGAGCUCAUUUUCCAAAUAUGCUACUCAAAACCCGAACUAUUUGCUCAUACUUACCAAAACUCACACAGCUCUUAACAUCCCAUACAAACCCUGGAUUCAACCUUCAAGCAAAAGCUAUUUCGAGUCUGAAAGUGGUAUGGCGUAAGGAUGUUAAACUAGACCAUGCCAUAGAGAAGGACAAACACUUCAAGCUCUGUUCCCGGGUUGUGAGGGAGGUCCUUAACGAACCGGGUCAAGUAAUUCCACUUCGGUACCUCGAGAAACGCCGCGAAAGAUUACGCCUUAACAUCAAAGCUAGAACCUUCCUCACCAAUUACCCUGGUUUAUUUGAUGUUUAUUAUGAUAGGAUCAAACCCAAGACCGCACCAGUUCAGUUUCUCCGUGUUAGUAAUAAGCUUAAACUAUUUCUCGAAGAAGAGGAAAGGAUUGUCACAAAAAAUGAGCCUUUGAUUGUGUCUAAAUUGUGCAAAUUGUUGAUGAUGUCCAAAGAUAGGGUUCUCAGUGCAGAUAAAUUGGUUCAUGUGAAGAGAGAAUUUGGUUUCCCGAAUGAUUUUUUGGUCAAUUUGGUGCCCAAAUAUUCACAGUAUUUUAGGUUAGUAGGGUCUCCAGGUGAAGGGAAAUCGUUUCUGGAAUUGGUUUCAUGGAACCCCGAGUUUGCAAAAUCGGUAAUUGAGCAGAGAUCAGAGGAGGAAUCAAGGGUGACCGGAAUCAGGCCUCGGCCUAAUUUCUAUUACAAGCUUCCAUCGGGGUUUUUCUUGAGAAAGGAAAUGAGGGAAUGGGUUAGGGACUGGAUGGAGCUAGAUUAUGUAUCGCCUUACGAUGAUAUCUCACAUUUGGGUCAAGCAUCACAGGAAAUGGAGAAGAGGACGGUUGGGGUUUUCCACGAGCUGUUGUCAUUGUCCAUACACAAGAGAAUUCCAGUACCAAUACUUGGGAAGUUUGGCGAUGAGUACCGAUUUUCAAAUGCUUUCUCGAGCGUGUUCACAAGGCACUCUGGGAUUUUCUAUAUGUCUUUGAAAGGUGGGAUAAAGACGGCAGUGCUGAGGGAGGCUUACAAGGGUGAUGAAUUGAUCGACCGAGAUCCAUUGCUUGAGAUAAAGGAUAAAUUUGUGGAGCUAUUGGAAGAAGGGCGGCAAGAGAGAGCAGAACAGUUGAGAUUGCAAAGAGAGGAGAUUGAGAAGGAUAUGGAAGUGACGGCUAUAAGGAUUGAAGAGUAGAAGAAGAAAGCUGACUUUUUGAAACCGAAACAGAUCAUUUGAAACCAACUGUUCUACCUUUAGCUGAAUCGAGCACCCGGCGCCUGACAUUUUGAGAUGUCCUUUAGGAGCUGAAGCCAUUAAGGUUGAACUCGAGAAGCUUUCCUUUGGAAACUCUUUGGUAAGUUUCGAUAUUUCUCAGGAUUUGAAUGGAUAAUCCUUACCUGUUACAGCUCUGACCUGGAUUGUAUGAUAUCCAUUUCUUCUAUUUGGUUUUGAUUGAAUGGUUAUAGAGAUUUACGGGGAUGAGACAAUAGUGGGGUUAGACUUAGAAUGUGGGAAAUGGUUGAAUCAUUGAAAUAUUAUCUUUCCUUUUUUAAAGGAAAAUUUUCAUUAAUCUCAUGCAUUUGUCCAUGAA